AUGGCCGAACGCCGACGAGAUAGAUUCUUUCACAAGCUCGGCAUCGGCAGUCCCAAGCGCGGCGAAUCAAGACCACAAAACACCAGCAUAUCAAAACUGUCCCUGAACGAGGACAUUGCAAGCAAUCGGAAUGUGGAAACUCCGGGCCAGCGGCGAACUGCCGACAAUGACAUUCUCCAGGACCGAGAUGGAGAUGAUGCUCCAACUCCUUCGACGGCCAAACCUCCUCCGGAGCACCAUGGCAAUUCCGACUGCACCGUUGCACACCACGAGGAUGUAGACGCCACCCUAAAACAGGAAGCUACCGCCCCUCGUUCGGCCGGCGGCAAGGACGAGGCCAACGACAGGAAGGAAACCUUGUGGACGCAAGCCUUCAACAAAGUGCGCGAUGCCACGCCAGAGCUCGUCGAGCACUAUCUCAAGCUUCUGGCCGGAAGCGGCGAGCAGCAAGAUAGUGCUACAGGUAGUGAGCCGGCCCUGCAGGUGAGCGAGGUCGUCGAAAAGCAGAAAGCAAUCAUGGAGAAGAGGCAGUGGAAACUUGUCUUUUGGCACCACGAGAUCGUCGUCAGAGAAAAGGUCGAUCGCAUAGUGCAGGGCUUUCGCUUGUUCGAGGGGAUCGGGUCGGCGAUCGCGUCGCUGGAUCCGGUUCACGCGGGGAUUCCCUGGGCAGGGGUUUGCGCUCUGCUACAGCUCGUGACGAAUGAUUCCGAUCAACACGGCCGGCUACUAGAUGGUCUUGUUUUCAUAACUGAUCUGGUAAACUUCUACAUCGAGGCCGAAUCCUUCUAUCUCUCCCAGGAGGUGCAGAGGAAGCCGUUUGUUGACCUAUACGCACUUAUUCUGAAAUUCCAGAUGCUUGCUGCUGGGUAUUUUGCCCAGAAUACAGCAAAGAGAGUCGCCAGAAACGUGCUCUUGCUUGAUAGUUGGCCCGAAAAGUUAACAGGCAUCGAGCAAAAGGACAUAGAAUGCCGAAAGCGGAUUGACCUUACCAUGUCAAAGCAGAUAAUAAAGAAGCUAGACGCCCAAUCUUCGAGACUCAACGAGGAUGCCGCCCACGCACAGACAAUCCUGCAAUGGAUUUCGAGUGUAUCAGUCAAAGACCAGCACGUCUUCGUCCGGGAAUCCAAAUUGGGCAGAGCAUAUUGGAGCACUGGCCGCUGGCUUGUUGGUAGCCAGGAAUUGAACGACUGGAUCCACGGCCCCUCGGGAAUCUUCUACCUGGAGGGUGGCGUCGGGGUUGGGAAAAGCUGCCUGGUCUCCGCGGUGAUUGAAGAGCACUUUCGAGCGACCCUAGGUCGACUUGCAUUCUUUUACUGCUCAAAAAGCGUGGGUGCUUCGUUUGACGCAAAGACUAUUCUGCGGAGCAUUCUAGCCCAACUCAGCUACAGCCCCUCCGCCAGCGCAAUUGCGAGUUCGAUUCGAAAACGGUACGAUGAGCGGCUCAACAAUGUCAACGGAGGAGGCUUGUCACUGCGAGACUGCGAAGACCAUAUCCUGGAGCUUACGAGUCAGAAUCGGCCCACCACCAUCAUCAUCGACGCUUUGGAUGAAUGUGCGGAUAAUGGCACCCUGCUUGGUAGUCUGAAGCGGAUCUACUCUGGAUCGUCGAAUGUUCACCUCUUCUUCUCUAGCCGGCCCAUGCAUCUAAAGGUAAUGGAUUACUUGGAGGAGUUUUCCCCCACCACCAUAACCGUCAUCGAUCAAUCAAAGGACGAAAUGCUGGCGUUCAUUGAGAAAGAAAUUCGCUCGCCAAACAGACGCCUGAAUAGCUGUAUAAAUCAGUUGCCAGAGCUGGAAAGCAAACUCCGGGAUGCCCUCGUUCAACGCGCUGGUGCCAUGUUCCGCUGGGCCGAGCUGCAGCUCGACUUAUUUCUCAAUGCCCAAAGACCAAUCCGCCACUGGAGAGAUUUCGAAGCCAAGCUCAACAGGCUGGUAUCCGAUCUGUCCCUCCCGACGCUGACGCAGGCGUAUGACGAGAUAUACCUGUCAAAUGCUGAGCCUGGUACCUUUGCCGAGACCUGUGCGAUAAAAGCCCUGCGGUGUGUGCUUGGUGCCUUUCAGCCCUUGACGAUCCACCAGCUAGCUGAAGCCGUUGCCGUCGAGCCAGACGGGGCAAGUGAUGCCUCGAUUGAUGCCGCGUACAUCAUGGACGUUUGCGGCAACUUCGUGCUCGUAGACGAAUCCGGCUCCGUGGUGCUGGCCCACCUAUCAGUGCGUGAGUAUUUGGAGCAGAGACGGAGCAGUGACAACGAAGAUUUCCAGAUAUUCGCAUCCGCAGAGACCCAUCGCCAGCUGGCGGAAUCCUGCCUAGCAACUAUCCUUCAUACUGAUUUCGCGAACUUGAAUGCUUCCCAGGAUCAUAAAGGCUGGUUGCAUUACGCCAUACCGUUCUGGCCUGCACAUUGUGAAAGAAUCCCAGACGCUAGGAAGGGGGGUGCUUUAAGAGACCUCCUGAUGGCAAUGAUGGAGGUUGAUAGACUAGGCGCUUGGGCCAAAAGUGGCCAUGAAAUGUCGUACUGGUGGAACAGCUCGACAGUCAACGGUGACCGCUUGCGGGACAUGCCCGUCAAGAACCCAUACCCUUAUGUUGUCUGCGCGUGGGGGCUCGCUGAGUUCGCCAACGACAUGGUAAAAGUCAUGGAGCCGUUCGACAAUUCCUACAAGACGCCGCUCGAAGUUGCAAGCCUCCACGGCCAAUUGGCGGUCGUGCAAUGGAUGUUACAGAGCCAGCGGGAAGAGGCAUAUAUCCCACGCGAGAUCGCCACCUCGGCCCUUGUUGCCGCCUGCACCCAGGGCAACAUCAGUGUAGCCAACCUUCUACUCGACGCCGGAGCUGAUCCCACCUCUGCACUAUUAUGCAGGUUCGCUGAAGACUUUGACCAUGUUGCGCAGCUCCUGAUUGACCGAGGUGCCGACGUCAACGCACAACCAGCUAGGCUUAGUCUUGAAUCCGGUACUGCACUGCAAACAGCUUCAAUGGAUGGGCAUAUUCGGAUUGCUAGAGCCCUGCUAACAGCCGGGGCGGAUCUCAACAUCUCCAACAGCAUUUCCGGAUGUGCAUUGCAGGGAGCAAGCGCCAGAGGGCACAUGGAGGUUGUCGAGUUACUUUUAGCUCAUGGGGCAAAUGUCAAUUUGUACGGUGGGCUGUUACACUCACCACUUCUAGCUGCUGCCAGCACUUGGAGGUAUGAUAUAGUCCGACUCCUGCUAGCACAAGGGGCCGACCCGAACCCGGGACCCGACGCCCCGGCAACUCCACUGGAAGAGGUCCUCCAAUCUGGACCGAUUAGCAUGGAAAUGGUCCAGCUGCUAGUCAGGGCUGGUGCCAAUGUAAAUACCCAUCACUAUAUGUUUGGCUCACCCCUCCAAACCGCGAUCAUCCAGGGCGAGGUGGAGGUUGCACGUUUUCUGUUAGAUAACGGCGCACAUAUUAAUCCUAUUGCUGCUGAGGAUGAAAGUCCUCUGGUCACCGCAGCCUACUUUGGUAACUCUAAUAUGGUGCAGCUACUGUUGCAGAAGGGUGCUGAUGUUGAUCGGUACGGGACCAAGGCAUGUCAGGAGGCGGAUUCGAACGGGCAUGAGCACAUUGUGGAGUUAUUAGUGAAGCACGGGGCGCAGAUUUCCCAGCAACAGGAUGAUUGCAAUUCUUGCACAGAGGUGGUGGAGUAG